AUGUAUUGUGCUUACAUCGAGCGGAUUUCUGUGCUUGCAGCCGUUUAUGGCAGCAAGUGGCACUUCGAUCCUGACACGGGGCGCCCGUUCGCCAACAAGGUGUUUGAUAUGGCGCUCUGCAAGGGACUUGGCGGUAACAGGGGUAAGACGAUGUUUGCCAAGAUCCCAGUGGUGGCAACGCUUUGCCAUGUGGUUGAAUGGCCCAUGGCAAAUGCGGGGAGUCGUGACACGCCUGCCCUAGAUGGCAGUGACUCCAACAACAUGAGGGAAGUGCAGCCGAAAGUGGGGGUGAUUAUUGAUUGGAUUAAGGAUAGGUUAUCCCGUGGGGAUAAUAUCUAUCGCAACACUACCCCUGCAGGCUUUCAGAUGGGAGCAAACCCGUUAGUGCGCAAUGUGAUCGCAGGGUUUGGGGACGAGUUUGCUGGGUUGCUGCCAUAA